GCUUCAGAUCCUCAGAGAUCACUUCACCUACUCACUCUAUGUCAACAUCUGCCGCUCGCUCUUUGAAAAGGACAAGUUGCUGUUUUCCUUUUGUCUCACAGUGAAUCUGCUGAUACAUGACAAUGCGAUUAACAAAACAGAGUGGAGAUUUCUACUUACUGGUGGCAUUGGACUGGAUAAUCCUUAUACCAACCCUUGCACAUGGCUUCCUCAAAAAUCCUGGGAUGAGAUUUGUCGACUAGAUGACUUACCUGCCUUUAAGACCAUUCGAGAAGAGUUUAUGCGCUUAAAGGAUGGAUGGAAAAAAGUAUAUGACAGUAUGGAGCCACACCAUGAGAUGUUUCCAGAAGAUUGGGAAAAUAAAGCAAACGACUUUCAGAGGAUGCUUAUUAUCCGUUGCUUGAGGCCAGACAAGGCAAGUGCAGGCUUUGUUGAGUAGCUCUCAUCCCACCCACUCUAUGCACAGCUCAGACAAACUCCAUUUCUUCAUAGACUUAGGGUGGAUGGAGGAAUCUACAGAAGUAACCCAACGUCCUUCUAAUGGCUCUUCUAACUGUGUCUGCAUCUGGGUUAAUAGCUAAUAGAAUGUAUUUUUGGUGAUGUGCUUUUAUGAUUACUUGUUAUGA